AUGGGCAAGUUCCCGGUGUACUGCGUUCUGACCACCAUCCAGGCUAACUACGACCGCAUCACGCUGGACAACAUAUGCGACUACGUACUCAUGCCGUUCUACACGAGGGCGAACGACACUUUCGUCGACGACAGCAACCCCGUGGUUCAGAAGAUGCUCGCCAAGGCGCUCAGCAGCGCGGGCAGGGCAUCCUACUGCAUCUACGUGCCGUGGACGAAGUGGUCGGAAAUUCAGCAAGACCUGGCCACCCCCAAGGGCAUGCAGCAAAUGCAGACGUACUGGACCACAUACAGAGUGUUCCACUACGCCAUUCUCAACGUCGAAGUGUCGCCAGACGUCCAAGGCCGAAGAGGGUACAUACUGCCGAAGACCUACGACACCCUCAAGGUGCGUUUACCUCUGUUCAGCCAGUAA